AUGACUGCCGGGUUUGCGGGGGGAACGCGUUUGGGGGGGAAGACCUGGCAAGGGGGGGAGGUCGCCCUCGUCGUCGUCCGGCCACAGCUCGCGGUGAUUGUGCAGUGGGUGGGUUUUGGGGGAGGGGAACGCGUUUGGGGGGAGGACCUAGCAAGGGGGGAAAUCGUCCCCGUGGUCGCCCGACCGCGCACCAUCGCUGCCAACACUCUCCCUGGGAACAAGGAUAUGCUGGACAAGUGGGGCGAUGCGCUUGGUGUUGUGUUCGACUUCACGGAAGAAGACCUAUCAUAUCGACCGGAUCCCAGCAUGCUGGUCAUGGCAUCCCAAACAGCGACAACUGUGACCGGACCUGCUCCGCCUCUCCAAACAGCGAUAACUCUAACCCAACCUGUUCCGCCGCAACCAGAACAACUGACAAGCCAUGUCGCACCACAACCAGAAGAAUCGACAACCUUAGUAGAUUCUGGAGUCGCGGUUCUCAUCGACACUCGGGAACAGAUCAGAAAGGAAUAUGCCGAACGAUGUGCUGUCAAGUUGCCGGCCAAACUCCGUGAGUGCCCGCUGAAGAACCCGCCGGCAGUGAGUACAGACGAUGGAUACUUGGGACCCCAUAUCGAUGCACUCUGCACUCGCACAGCGUGCCUCCCUGCGUACCGGUUCGACGAGAAGGACGAAGACCCUUGUCAUGUGUUAGAGCGUCUGGAGUCUCUAGGGAGGAUAUAUGGGCAGUUCAUUCGAAUGCGUGAAGAAGGGGUUGAAUUGCUCAAUGAGCCCCGUCUACGAAUUCCGUGGGAUUGGCUACUCUCCAUUAUCCCUUUCUAUCCUGGGCCGAGAUGGUACCCGCAAAUACAAUACACUUGCGAAAUAACAAUGGCUGGGCCGAUCAACCCCAAUACCAAACGGAUAAUCGAACUUGAACAGAAGGGAACUACUUAUUCCCUGCGAUCGGCUCGAAACGAUGGCACGCUCCUCCUGCAGGUGUCCAAGACUACCCAGGACGCGAUCACAGUGAUAAAACGAUUCAAUCACGUUGGCGUCAGGCAAUUCCAUUGGGAGGUCACUUCCCAACCCAAUCGAACGACUCUCAUCGUCCUUCCCGUCGAGUUCAAAACCCGCAACUUACACCUGAACGCGAUCCAGACCUGCUAUGGCCUCGUGGUCGGUCAAUCCGUUCUGGCUGCCUUUGAUAUUCGCAAUCAAGUCCUGUUCGGUAUUGCGGCCUGCGGUCCCGCACAUGCUCACAUAUUGGGGGCCAAGUGGGGCGGUGAAUCUCUGUAUAUCACUCUUUGUGCCACACUAUCGCUGCACAUGGCGGAAGACUUCUGGACUCUAUAUUGUUUCCUUUUCAGGACUGAACAAUCCGCCCGCACGACACUGAACACCGCUGUAGAAAACAAGGUGAGAUCUUACAGCCAAGGUCAAUCUUUCCGAAUUUGGAAAGAUCCCGGAGAAGGGCAGACCCAGCCUGAUAUAUCCAGGAAACGAAAAGCAAAUGAUUCAGUUUCCAGUUCAGCGUCACGCCCUACCAAGAGGCUGAACACGGCAAACGCCGUAUUAUCUGCUCCAGCCACGUCUGUUGCGAUCAGCGCCGCAGCUACCUUGCCAAGUCAAUCAAGCGCCUCUAACCAGUAUUCGCCGAUGAUUUCCAGCCCAAGCAGCGGUUCACUUUACCUCAAUCAGUUACAAUUGUUCAACAUCGAUGAACUCAAGCUUUUUCACUCUCCCGUCAACGCUCACAAUCUGGGUACCUACGAUCCUAAUCCGUGCCUCUUCGGAAUGGCACUGGAACCAGUGCACGAUACUGCGAUUGAAUGCAACUCAACCAACAGUGAUGAUUCCCUCGAAGACUCACGCAGCAAAAUCGAAUCGUGGCUACACGUGCAUCAGGAUACUGCCCCCCCCCCCUUGGAGGAGUACGCCAGAUCUCCUUAUGAAUGCGCCAAAUCCCCGCACAACGGUAACCAUUUCUACACUUGA